CCGCCAUGUCGUUCCCAUUCUAUUCUUUCUUCUAUUCUUCUCAAUCCCAAACUCAUACCACACGCAGUAGACACAUUAAGACAGAGAUGAAACCUCACAGAUAGAUUUACAAAGAGAGAAGCUUUUAGAGAGAGAGAGAGAGAAGAACUGGGGUUUUCAAAAGACUUUUUUUUUUUCCUUCUUCUCUUCUUCUUCUUCUUCUGGGGUUGUGUGUUAAUGGCGAGUAGUUGGGUCAAGUCUUUGCAAUGCAAAUCGAAAGCUUUCGAAGACGUUUACCAACCCAAACCCAGAAACCACCUCAUGCCCAGUACGAGUUGCAGACAUAGUGUUCAAAACAUUAAAGAUGUGAUCGAUACCACCGCCAAGUACAAACCCAGAAAGUCCAAAACGAUGUCGCCGCCGCACAAAAAGCCCACUUCUAAUCCUUCGAGACCGGCCGGAACCGAACCGGGCGAUGCCCCCACAGUGAGAACAAGAAUGAGCUCUUCGACUUCGACCCGACAGAGUACUCGUACCCGCCACGACCAGUUCCUCCCGGCGUUGACUGAGCUUCCGGAGGGUCACCCGUCUCGCAACGUGGUGGAGAUCAUAUUCCACACCAGCUGGAGCCACAAGUCUUUCACGGGUCGGAUCGAGAUGAUUUUCAAGGUUCAAAACGGGUCCAAGGCCGUGGCGAGGUUCGAGGAGUAUCGAGAGCUCGUUAAGUGCCGGGCCGGGUCGGGUAGCCCGGCCGGCGAGACAUGCAAGGAGGAGAAUGCACGGUGCGUCGCGGACGGGAAUGAGGUCAUGGGGUUCCACUGUCUCGGACCCACGUCGGGUGGCGGGGCGUACGACGCGUGCAGCGGCGCGUGGGCUUUUCCGGGAGGUAAUAAGGGGUCGGUGAUAUGCACGUAUUCUGGCAGCGGUGGGGCCCAUGAGAGCGCCGGCGGAGGAAGAGGAAUGAGAGCCAUGUUGGUCUGCCGAGUCAUCGCGGGCCGAGUCUCAAAGUCACUCGGGAUCGAAUCGUUGUUGAAUGGCCGAGUUGGGUUGGACUCAGUGAGUGGGGAAAGUGGCGAGUUGCUCGUGUUUGACUCACGUGCCGUUUUGCCUUGUUUUCUUAUUAUCUACAAAUUGUAAAAACACAACAAGGUUGCUCUUUUUUUUCUUUUUCUUUUUUUACUGUCUUAUAUUUUUAUUUUAUUUUAUUUUUCCUUGCAAGGGUUGGUGAAUCUUUUUUCUACUUUCUCGCAUUUAUCAACAUUAUUUUUGGGGGGUCAUUAAUACUUUUCUUUUCUUUUUUGGGUGUGAUUAGGGGAAAAAAAAUCUUGUUGAUAAAUGUUGAUUAACUAA